AUGGCUUUACAUGUACCCAAAGCACCAGGAUUCCUUUCAAUGAUGAAGGAAGGAGCUAGAUAUUUUUCAGGUCUUGAAGAAGCUGUAUAUCGAAAUAUCAGUGCAUGCAAGGAGUUCGCUCAAACACUCCGUACUGCUUAUGGUCCCAAUGGAAUGAAUAAAAUGGUCAUCAAUCACUUGGAAAAGUUAUUUGUUACUAAUGAUGCUGGAACUAUCAUGAGAGAGUUAGAUGUUGAACAUCCAGCAGCUAAAUUAAUGGUCAUGGCUUCUGAAAUGCAAGAAUCUGAAGUUGGAGAUGGUACCAAUUUUGUAGUUAUUUUCGCUGGUGCUCUGCUAGAAAAUGCUGAAGAGCUUUUACGACUUGGUAUCACAACUUCAGAGAUUGUUAUAGGAUAUGAAACAGCUCUCGAAAAAGCCCUAGAAUUUCUCAAAACUCUUGUUGCCUAUGAAAUAAAAGACAUAAAAAAUAUUGAAGAAGUGAAGAAAGGAAUCAAAACAGCAGUUAUGAGCAAACAAUAUGGGAAUGAAGAUCUUUUAACGUCAUUAAUUAGUGAAGCUUGUGUAUCAAUUCUUCCUGAAAAAACAACAUUCAAUGUUGACAAUGUAAGGGUCUGUAAAAUUCUUGGUGCUGGAUUGAAAUCAUCUAAAGUUAUCCAAGGCAUGGUAUUCAAAAGAAAUGUUGAAGGUGAUGUUAUUAAACAAGAAAAAGCUAAAAUUGCCGUAUAUACUUGUCCUGUGGACAUUGCUCCGACUGAAACCAAGGGAACAGUUCUCAUUAAAAGUGCGACCGAGUUGUUGAACUUUUCACGGGGUGAAGAGUCACUUCUUGAAGCUCAAAUUAAAUCUAUCGCUGAUACUGGAGCCAAGGUUAUUGUGUCUGGAGGAAAAUUUGGAGAUAUGGCUUUACAUUUUCUUAAUAAAUAUAAUAUCAUGGCGGUUCGCAUUCCAAGUAAAUUUGACGUUCGACGUCUUUGUAAAGCUGUUGGAGCUACUGCUCUGGCUAAAUUGACACCACCAACCCAAGAAGAAUUGGGAUACGCUGAUUCAGUUGCAACUGAUGAACUAGGAGACACAGAAGUCGUUGUCUUUAAUUUAGAAUGUAAAGAAAGUAGAAUCAGUACAAUUGUUGUUCGGGGAUCUACAGAAAAUUAUAUGGAUGACAUUGAACGUUGCAUUGACGAUGGUGUUAACACCUUCAAGGGUAUAACAAGAGACGGGAAAUUUGUUGCUGGAGCUGGAGCUACAGAAAUUGAACUUGCCGCUCAUAUUCAGAAUUUCGCUGACACAUUACCAGGAUUAGAUCAGUAUGCUGUAAGGAAGUUCGCAUCUGCUUUGGAAGUUUUCCCAAAAACUCUCGCAGAAAAUUCUGGUAAUCAAGGCUCUGAGCUCUUAUCUAAGCUCUAUGCUGCUCAUAAAGAAGAAAAGAAAUAUUACGGAUUUGACAUUGAGGGAACUGGAUCAUCAUUGAUUGAUGCAUUGGAAGCUGGUAUCCUAGAUUCAUACCGAACAAAAGAAUGGGCGUUGAAGUAUGCUGUCAAUGCAGCAUGUACAAUAUUAAAGGUCGAUCAAAUAAUAAUGGCAAAACGAGCUGGUGGACCUAAGCUUCCGGCUCAAGGUGGCGCAAAGAGUGAUGAUGAAUCGUAAUUUUAAUCAAAAAAAAGUGUAAACGAACAUUCAACUUAUCGUUUAAAAAAUGUCUAAUUCUAUUUUUUUUCUUGGUUUAUAUUCUCAGACGCUGAGAUAUAAAUAGACCGAUGAAAAAGAGAGAGAGUUAACCUUGAUUUAUUUUGAUUACAUUCGUUUAUUCAUAAGCUUCAUUGCACUGUAUACUCAUUUAAUUAUUCUCCACCCACGAAAUACCGCGAUUUUGUAAUAAAAUGCGAAUUUUUACUGUUCUUACUGUCAAACAGAAUAAAUAAAUGUUUAAAUGAAAA